GCAUGCAGAGAGGCUAGAUUCGUUGUUGAGCGUCCAUUGUACAAUUAGACUACAUUUCCCAGAAAUCUGAGUGAUUGGGAUUGGGCGGGGCGUGGGUCCCACGUGCCUAUAGGACCCGCGGAGGCCAGUGGAUCAGCGGGAAGCUGAGAGCUGACUAGGAAGAUUUCUGGGUCUUUCGCUGGCCAGGGGACUUCUCACAGCUUCCAGCCAUGCGGCUCUCUGCUCUGCUGGCCUUGGCAUCUAAGGUCACCCUGCCUCCCAACUACCGCUAUGGGAUGAGCCGCCCAGGCUCAUUGGCAGAUAAGAAGAAGAACCCUCCAGGGACCAGGCGGCGCCGGGUGGCUGUGGAACCCAUCCCUGAGGAAGACUGGCAUCUGUUCUGUGGGGACAGGGUAGAGAUCCUAGAAGGCAAGGAUGCCGGGAAGCAAGGCAAAGUGGUUCAAGUUAUCCGGCAGCGAAACUGGGUGGUUGUCGAGGGACUGAAUACACAUUACCGCUAUGUUGGCAAGACUGUGGAUUUCCGGGGAACCAUGGUCCCCAGCGAAGCACCGUUGCUCCACAACCAAGUCAAACUCGUGGAUCCUAUGGACAGGAAAUCCACUGAAGUGGAGUGGAGAUUCACCGAGGCAGGAGAGCGAGUACGAGUGUCCACAAGAUCAGGAAGGAUCAUCCCAAAACCUGAUGUUCCCAGAGCUGAUGGCAUCGUCCCUGAAACAUGGAUUGAUGGCCCCAAAGACACAUCAGUGGAAGAUGCUCUAGAAAAAACCUAUGUGCCUCGUCUAAAGACAUUGGAGGAGGAGGUGAUGGAGGCGAUGGGGAUCCAGGAGACUCGGAGACACAAGAAAGUCUAUUGGUAUUGAGUCUGGGGGUGCCACUUCUCUCCUCGUCUUAGCCUUGAAGCUUGCGGCAACCUCUUCUUCAGAUGCUAAUAAAGAGCCUUGGGUCCUCUGUCUUCUGGUAA